CUCUGGACCUUCUUACAUGCUGAUGCUUGCCUGAAUGCUGUAGGUUCCUGUUUGAGUAGGCACUUCUAGCUGGGGUUUACAAUGAACAGAAUAAAGAACGGAGCAGUUCCGGGAGAGCCAGUAAAGAAAGAUGAAAACUCCAGAAGGGGAAACUGGGGAAACCAGAUUGAGUUUGUCCUCACCAGUGUUGGCUACGCAGUGGGGCUGGGAAACGUCUGGAGGUUUCCUUACCUCUGCUACAGGAAUGGAGGAGGUGCCUUCAUGUUCCCAUACUUCAUCAUGCUGGUGUUUUGUGGCAUCCCUCUGUUCUUCCUGGAGCUCUCCUUUGGGCAGUUUACCUCCCUCGGGUGCCUGGGAGUCUGGAAGGUCAGCCCCAUGUUUAAAGGUGUGGGCUAUGGAAUGAUGGUGGUCUCUACCUACAUUGGGAUUUACUACAAUGUGGUGAUUUGCAUUGCAUUUUAUUACUUCUUCAUGUCCAUGACAAACCUGCUGCCCUGGACGUACUGUAACAACCCCUGGAACACUCCUGACUGCAUUGGAGUGGCGGGCACUCCACGAAUGAAUGCCACCCUCGCCAAUGUGUCUGCUGUUGUGUCAGGGUUGACUGAGAUAGUCAACCGCACCAAGAGGACCAGUCCUAGUGAAGAGUACUGGAAGAACUAUGUGCUGAAUAUCUCUGAUGGUAUUGGGAACUUCGGAGAGGUGCGUCUGCCUAUCCUGGGCUGUCUGGCUGUGUCAUGGGUAGUCGUGUUCCUCUGUCUUAUUCGAGGGGUCAAGUCAUCCGGAAAGGUGGUGUAUUUCACAGCAACUUUCCCUUAUGUGGUGCUGACCAUUCUUUUCAUCAGAGGAAUCACUCUGGAGGGAGCCACCAGUGGUAUCAAAUAUUAUUUGACCCCACAGUGGGAGAAAAUUCUAGAUGCCAAGGUAUGGGGGGACGCUGCCUCUCAGAUUUUCUAUUCGCUGGGCUGUGCCUGGGGUGGCCUUAUCACCAUGGCAUCAUAUAACAAGUUCCAUAAUAACUGUUUUAGAGACAGCAUCAUCAUCAGUGUAACAAACUGUGGUACCAGCGUGUAUGCUGGCUUUGUUAUUUUCUCCAUCCUGGGAUUCAUGGCUAAUCAUCUGGGGGUGGAUGUGUCAGAGGUGGCCGAUCAUGGGCCAGGCCUGGCAUUUGUGGCCUAUCCAGAGGCCUUAACAUUGCUGCCCAUAUCACCGCUCUGGUCCCUGCUGUUUUUCUUUAUGCUCAUUUUAUUGGGCCUGGGCACUCAGUUCUGUCUGCUGGAGACUCUGGUGACGGCUGUAGUUGAUGAGAUUGGAACUGACUGGAUUAUCAAAAAUAAGACCUACGUCACGCUUGGAGUCGCCAUAGUAGGAUUCCUCCUGGGAGUGCCGCUGACCACACAGGCAGGAAUAUACUGGUUGCUGCUUAUGGACAACUACGCUGCCAGUUUCUCUCUGGUCGUCAUCUCUUGCAUCAUGUGUAUCUGUAUAAUGUAUGUCUAUGGUCACAAGAACUAUUUUAAAGAUGUGGAAAUGAUGCUAGGCUUUCCUCCUCCGCUCUUCUUCAGGAUCUGCUGGAAAUAUGUGUCUCCUUUCAUUAUUACUUUCAUUCUGAUUUUUACCGUGAUACAGUACAAGCCUAUUACCUACAAUGACUAUGUCUACCCAGGUUGGUCGUUGGUCAUUGGGUUUGCCAUGGCUUUGUCUUCAGUCAUCUGUAUACCAGUCUAUGCUCUGUUCAAGAUUGCUGUGUCUGAAGGUUCCACAUUUUUAGAGCGUUUGAAGAACUCCGUGAAGCCCGACCCGGACUGGGGUCCAGCUCUCCAGGAGCACCGCAAGGGCCGAUACGCCACUCAGGGUCCCGAAUCUGUGGAGGUGUGCCCUCUCAAGACAGAGCUGAAGGACGAGGGCAAAGAGAAACUCAAGGAGAAAGAGACGGAGAAAAAGGAUGAGAUCGGUUUGACCAUCCCAGGAAGCAACGGCUCCGCAUUAAACCCCACACCCAGCGCAUAGAGGAGCCCCUCCCCCCAGGACAGUUCCCAUUCCCACACUGCGGGACAGGCAACUCUCGCUGGAGACCUUUACAUAUUGUAAGGGCUUUAUGAAAUCUAACCUCUAGAGAAAUUGGUUGUCAUCCAAAACCAUUUUCUUUUUGUUCGCAUAAUUUAAUACUGCAGUUUUUUCUUUUUUUUAAAGACAUGUUCAUAUACAGGAGGUGUUUGCAUACACACAGUGUGUAUAUAGCGCAUUAUUGUACAAUAUUUUUACUCUGUGUUGAGUAGUCUGGAAAUGUGACUGUAGCGGCAGCAGGAGCUACAGUGUGAUUUGGCUUAUGUGUGUGCGUGUGUAUAGUGGUGGCAGUGCUGGUCAGGUUUAAUAGCAGAAGACCAAAUAUUCUUUGUGGCAAUGUUAUAAUGGCACUGUUAAGGGGAGUGUUAUUUUCAGUUUCUGUUUUAUACCCGUUUUCUUGUUUGGGAACCAUCUCAUGGCCAAUGCUAUGGUCUGCGUGCAGUGCGGUUGAUACAUGUUAAAUGACCUUUUAACACUGUAUUAAUUAACUCCACCUAAAACUACACAACAGAACAUGCCUGUUAUCCAUUGACUAGACCACCAGUACAUUUUGGAGCUAACCCUUACGUUAAUUGGCCAAGUAGACUAGCCGAUAUCAAUAAAUAAGCAUAGGCCAAGAGAAUAUCAACUUCAUUUCCAAUUAAGUGAGAGCACAAAUACAAAACAAAGGAUAUUUGGUCUUAAGCUCUUACCGACUGAGGUAUCUGGACCGAGGCAUAUAACUUCUCAAGCCCAUUCUCAGGGUUACACACAGUUUGUUUUUUUUGCAAAACAUUUUCCAACACCUUGAGAUGCUGAUGUUGAGAAUUUGACAUGAAGGAGAGGGGUUUUCAUGCAGGAACUUCCACAUGAAAUGCAGAAUCUGUCUAGUUCUCCGGUGAUCUGUAGCCGAGGCAUCUCCUGAGCGAGGGGAGCAUGUGUGCGAUAACAGAAGCAGCUAGUUCCUCAUUAGAUUCAGUACUGUAGUAUGCACACUAACUCCGUUCUACACGGAAAAAUAGGCAUGUUACCAAAAACAUGUGCACAAACCUGUGUGUUCUGAUUUAGUUGGUAUGUUUGUGUUUGUGUGUAUUUUUUCUUGUCCGUGUUAAGAGACUUGAACAGGUGUGUGUGUGUGUGUGAGUGAGUGUGUGUGAGUGUGUGUGUGUGUGUGUGUGUGUGUGUGUGUCUUCUAAAGGCAUCUGGCAGUGCUGAGUUAAACUGUCGUGUAAUAGAACACUGAAAUAAGGCAUAAGGUUGCAUGUGGAUUGACCAGAAGUAAACGUAGCAUUAGUCAAAAUCACUGUGGUUAAUGGAAUUGUUGGGGAAAUCAGCAUUUUUUUCCUCGUAUUGUAUAAUAAUGUCAAAUAGACUUGCAAGGCCAAACCAUUCAAUUUACGCAAUAGAAACAACCGAAUUUUAUGAUAAUAUGGUGCAUUUUGUUUCGUUUUGGUUUUGAAGGCAAUAGAGAGCAGACGAUACUUGUAUGGAGAGUUAUGUUUAUAUUUUUGGUAUGGUUAGAUGCCGCAUGUCAUUUCAUUCCAGUGACUUUUCAAUAAGGCCCCUUUACUUACGAUGCAUAUGGUUGCAGUGGCACAUAUACAUGGAUAAAGAGUCCAAGUUACACUGUGAAUUCGUCUGGAAUUUUGCCUGACCCCUUUUAACAGGGGUCAAUGCAGCGAAAGCAACAGACAAUGCAGCUGCUAAUGUGCUGAAGCAUCAUGUAUUGAGACUUGUGAAUAAACAGUGAAUCGCUGUAUAUAGUCAAGUCCGAGUAGUUUAUCUGCUAUUUCUCUCCUGUGUGGGAGGAGAAAUGCAAUAUGAGAUGUGCUCUGUCAUUUUGAGUCAGAAAGAGGUGAAGAAAUGCGAAACAAUAAUAUUGCUUUGUUGAAUUCAUUUUGAUAAUAGAAAGUCUCAGCUUUCAAAUAAGCUUGAUUUUUACAUGUCUUAAAAUACAUAAAUAAAUCACCAGAUUCAAAAAAAAAAAAAAUGCAUUCAAAUUGUUUGGAAUUUUGCAAUUGUGGCAGCACCAUUUAAUUAUAUUUCAACAAAGUUGAAUUUUUUUUUAUUGAAAGCUUUCUUAUAUUAUGUGUGAGACUUUCAUUGCAUAAAACUCUAGUCUUUAAACUCUGACUCAAAAUGAUGGAGCAGGUCAGAUAAAGUCAGUAUUCAAAAACAUGAUGACAUAAUAGUCUACAUCUUUGUUAUAUGUACAUUUUGCUACAUUUCUGCAUGAAGGUAUGAUAUGUAUGUUUUUAAAUUUGUGUCCUAAAAUAUACAAAACACAAUCUAACUUUAAGAAGUAGGGGGGGGAAAGAGAAGAAGAAAAGUAACCCUGCUGCCUAAGAAGGUAUCGGACACUCAGGGGAGUAGUUAGAGGUCUUUGGCCUUAGCACAAGCAUACCUACAGGUCACACACUCUAGCUUUUCCUCUGUCAGAGUUAGUGCAGUAGAUUAGAGCAGCAGUUUAGGUGUUCGGGAGACUAACAGCACUUUACUAGUUCACUUUAGCUGGCUACAAUAUGAUUAAUCGCUGUCGGAAAUAUGAAUGCACAAGAUUGAAGCCCUCUCAUUUUUCUGAUGCGUGGUCCUCAGACCUUGAAAGUGGCAUGAAGACCGUGUGUCUGUCUCUAGGUACUGCGAUGUAAACCGAUCUGGAUAUUGAACUUGACAUGUAAACUCAUUACAACAAUAGACAUAAUAUGCGUCAGUGCCAUUCUUGCACUGUUCCCCACCUCUUGUCCUCGUUCUCCAUUGUAAAGUAACGUAAAAGACAAAAACAAAAAAACAACAACUGAUGUGUAUGUUUGUGUUUUCCGUUUUUCCCAGGGUGGGUUGCUGUAGUGGGAUUUGAUUUUUAGUUGUUUUUACAUGAUUUCUUAUGGUAACGUAGCUACUGUAAUGUGAGUGUUCUGUGUAGUGGACGUUCAGCUGCUGAGUCAAACCUAGUUCAUGUUAGCGUCACUAUUGAUGUCAUGUCAUUUUAAUCAGUGUGUUAUUAUCCGUUUUUGACAUUUAACAAACAGAAUCUACCUUUGUAAGAGAUUUUUCCUUUUUAUUUUUAUAGUACUAAAACUGUCGUUGUAAUCAUUUUUAGCUAUGUUCAGUGACACUUUUAUUUCUUAUUUCUAAACCUCUUCAAGCUAGCUGAUCUCAAACACAUUACCAAGUUAAGGCUUUGGACUGAAACUUGAAAAUUCAAGCUUUUUACUGCAGCGUCUGGUCAAACAGAAACCGUUUAUCGAUGAAGAAGGACACAGUCUGAAGCCAGCGAUGUUAUAUCUUCAUCUCAGUAUUGUAAAUGUGUAUUUGUAGUGCUGCAAACCCUUUAAGAACAUUUCUGUCUGCCUGUGAUCCAGUUUCAUUUAUUAUGCACAAUGUAAAUGAAACAGAGAAAGCACAUUUGAUUGCCUGGAAAGAAUGUUUUAACAUGUAUGCCGGUCUUUUAAUAUUUUCAAAUGGAUUUGAAAUGAUCAAAACUGAAUUAAUAUUUUCUGAAUUUUAUUUGGGUAAACAUUAAGAUAAUGUUUCUGAGAAGAACCAAACACUUUUUAAGCUGACUUUGCUUCUAAUUUGAACUGGCUGUGUAAAUUUAAUUGUGACGGCAUACACUUUGAAAUGACAUGACAGGGUUGUGCUUAGAACAAGCAACACAGAAAUACUAGAAUUCAGUGGAAAAUAUGCACACAAAUACCUGAGAAUAUCCACAGAGCACAGUUUUGUGGCUGUCUUACGAACUAUAAAAAGAAUCGGCAUAUCUCAACUGAAACUGUGAACCGUUUUGGUUAAUUCAAUGUUUUUUCAAGAGAAUGUCAUGUAUUUUCAUGUUGUUACGGCACUUUAAAAAUAUAUGUGUUUGACCGCAACAGAAAAUACAAAAUUGCAAAAAAAGAAACCUUUCUCUCCCUGUCCUGCAUCCUAAAAGAAGCAAUGUCUUUACAAUAGCGUGUGUGUGUUCUUCUGUGCUCAUGGCGAUAUAGUAGUGAUGUAGAAUGACAGGCACAAUGACAUGAGCUUCAAACAUAUCUAACCAUGUCUUUUCAAUUUUAGGGCCAAACAGCAUUGAAAUUGUCUUAGUCAUGUCAGCUGUAAAUGGUUCAAUUUGAAAUGGUAAAUAAAGUUUAUUUUAAAGAUCA